GCGCAAGCGCCACGCCAGCGAGCGGCCGGCGCGCGUCCUCCUCGGUGACCGUCGCUGCCUCCCGGAGCGUCUUCGUGCCCUCGCGCGCCAGGCCCGCGGCGGCCGGGACCCGUGGUCCACAGCAUGUCCUCCUCCGGCCCUGCUGCAGAGGGAGAGGGAGCCCCCGCCCAGCCCGCGUCCGAGAAAGAGCCCGAAAUGCCCGGCCCGAGAGAAGAAAGUGAAGAGGAGGACGAGGACGACGAGGAGGAGGAGGAAGAGGAAGAGAAAGAAAAGAGUCUCAUCGUGGAAGGCAAGAGGGAAAAGAAAAAAGUAGAGAGGUUGACAAUGCAAGUCUCUUCCUUGCAAAGAGAGCCAUUUACAAUUGCACAAGGAAAGGGGCAGAAACUUUGUGAAAUUGAAAGGAUAUAUUUUUUUCUGAGUAAGAAGAAAAUGGAUGAACUUAGAAAUCUACAUAAACUGCUUUACAACAGACCAGGCACAGUGUCCUCAUUAAAGAAGAAUGUGGGUCAGUUCAGUGGAUUUCCAUUUGAAAAAGGAAGUAUCCAAUAUAAAAAGAAGGAAGAAAUGUUGAAAAAAUUUAGAAAUGCCAUGUUAAAGAGCAUCUGCGAGGUUCUUGAUUUGGAGCGAUCAGGUGUAAAUAGUGAACUGGUGAAAAGGAUCUUGAAUUUCUUAAUGCAUCCAAAGCCUUCCGGCAAACCAUUGCCAAAAUCUAAAAAAACUUCUAGCAAAGGCAACAGGAAGGAACGGAACAGUUCUGGAAUGUCCAGGAAAGCUAAGCGAACCAAAUGUCCUGAAAUUCUGUCGGAUGAAUCUAGCAGUGAUGAAGAGGAAAAGAAAAACAAAGAAGAGUCUUCAGAUGAUGAAGAUAAAGAAAGUGAAGAGGAGCCACCAAAAAAGACAUCCAAAAGAGAAAAACCCAAACAGAAAGCCACUUCUAAAAGUAAAAAAUCUGUAAAAAGUGCUAAUGUUAAGAAGGCAGAUAGCAGUACCACCAAGAAGAAUCAAAAUAGUUCCAAAAAAGAAAGUGAAUCUGAGGAUAGUUCAGAUGAUGAACCUUUAAUUAAAAAAUUGAAGAAGCCUCCUACAGAUGAAGAGUUAAAGGAAACAGUAAAGAAAUUAUUGGCCAGUGCUAACUUGGAGGAAGUCACAAUGAAACAGAUUUGCAAAGAGGUAUAUGAAAAUUAUCCUGCUUAUGACUUAACUGAAAGAAAAGAGUUCAUAAAAACAACUGUUAAAGAGCUAAUUUCUUAAGAGGACAGAAACAGAUGACCUGUACCCAUGGAUUUAAAGAUCUGAUUUAUACCAUUAUACCAGCAAAGAGAAUGUAUUUCCUUUUCUAAAUCUUUGCAAGCGUUGUGUUGGUAGAACUCCCUUCUGACCUUUUUAUCUUGAGUGU